AUCAGCGGCCCUACCAGUGUGCUCUACACCGUCCCGUAUAUAACACCUCGAAUCAGAACUCUUGCGAACGCGCCAAAUUUCCUUUUUUAAGGCACAUCUCUCUACCUUCUCCCGUUUCGUAUAUCUUUUUUAACGGUCUCUUGUUAAUCAAACAAGUCGAGAAACCUCGAUUCGUCUCUUUGCACGCUCAACAACCCAAAGCAACACACCUCAAACAAAAUGAGUUCCAAGGAAGCAACGAAAGAAGUUGAAGCUGACGAAGUCAUCGCCGCCGACGCCAAGAAAGACGCAGUCAAAGGCACAAAACGGCCAGCAGAAGACAAAAAGGAUGAUAUUAAGAAAUUAAAGACAAACGAUGAGAACGGCGAUGAUGAAGAAGCCGAAGAUGAAGAAGAGGCUGAGGGCGAGGAAGAUGAGGAGGAGGAAGACCUGCCCGAAGGUGAAGAAGAUUUUGACGAAGAGGGCGAGGGUGAAGGAGAAGGAGACGACGACGAUGAAGGAGAAGGAGAUGAUGACGAUGAUGAUGCGUAAAAGUGUGUGACAGGAGAAAUUAUUAUUUUUUUUUUCCUUUUUUUUUUUUUUGGCUUCGGUCAGGGUCCACUUUUUGCGCAUGCGUUACACCGCUCAGCGGGAAAGCAGCCGGCACCGGUCGGAAUUUUUUUUUGUGAAUUUUGAUUUCAUCUCUCUCUGUCUGUCUCUUAUACACUCCCCUGAAUCAUGA